GGAACGAGUGAGUGAGUGAUGAGGGAAUAAGCAAAGAGAGAGAGAGAGAGAAGGAAGAGAUGAACGAGACUUGCCGUGUGAUAGAAGAACCAACGCACGUCUUCGGAAUACUCAGAUCAUGAUACCCGAAUAGGAAGGUGAUUUCUACGUAUCUGGGUGUCUCCUGCUUUUCUCUAUUAUUAUUAUUAUUCUGCUUGAUUGAAAUAUCUCAGCGGAGCGCUAACCGGCUUCGAACGCACAUCACCAUGACCCACAAUGAAGCGCGUAGCCACUGGUUCAAAGAAGGAGCUAUCGGUUUAGGGGUUGGUGUACUCUAUGGCUUGACCAGCAUUUCGGUGGGGCAUCCCAUUGACACAAUCAAAACAAAAAUGCAGGGUCAACAUGGUUUUGAAAGGACCAACAUGUUUCAGACUUUUGUGAAGACUUUUCAAACUCAGGGAAUUCGAGGCUUCUACAGGGGUUGUAUUCCACCAUUAUGGGGCUCAGGAAUAUUUCGCUCUACGCAGUUUGCAGUUUUUGAAGGGGCAUAUACCUUUUUAGACACACCAUUUGGAAAAUCCACAAUUCCAUUAUCAGGAGGAAUUCAAAUCCGAGUGUUACUGGCCGGCGCUUGUGCAGCUACUGCUCGUGCAGUUAUUGAAACACCGUUAGAAUAUGCCAAGGUACGUGGUCAAGUGAACAGGUCUUGGAAACUAAGGAACAUUUACACAGGUUUUGGUGUGACGUGUUGUCGAACCCAGGGCUUGCUCUGUACAUAUUUUAUGCUUGUUGAUUCCGGCCGAAGACAUUUCCCAGAACAGUUCAAACGUCCCAUUCUUGGACCAUUCCUCACAUCUGGUAUUGCAGCUACUCUAGCCUGGUGGAUGGUUUGGCCCUUGGAGUACAUGAAAUGCCAAGUACAGUCUGGUUACGGCAGUCGACAAAUUUCUGUGAUUACGCGAAUGAGGAAUAUCAUAAGAGACAAAGGUGGUUUUUUUGCCCUCUAUCGUGGAAUAUGGCCUGGAACCAUCCGCAGUUUCCUGGCCAAUGGUAUCAGUAUGAUUGUGAUGGCUAAUGCUCAGAAGAAAGUCUCAGAAUGGGGCCUGCGCAAUUAGUGUGACAAAUUUCAUGAAACUGAGGACAAUAGAGGUGUGACCAAAGAAAUAGCAGGCAGAAUUAGGAGGCAAUACCAGUGAAGCCAGAGACAAAGAAAGGCAUAACAGGGAAGAACACCAGUGAAGCUAGGGGCAGUGUAGGUAUCAUUAGAGGUAACACCUGUGAAACCAGGAGCAAUUCUAGAGAGAACCAGAACUAAAGGCAAUGCCAGUGAAGUCAGGGAAAGUGUUGGCAGAACUAGAGGCAGCACUAGUGAAGUCAGGGGAAGUGUAGGGAGAACUACAGGGAACACCAGUGAAGCUAGAAGCAGUGUAAGCAUAAUAAGAAGCAACUCUUGUGAUCCUAAAGGCAGUGUAGGUAUAAUUAGAGCAACCCCUGUGAAGCUAGAGGCAAUGUAGGCAGAACUAGAGGGCAGCACCUGUUGAACCAGAAGCAGUGUGAUCAUAACUGGAGCCAGUAAUUGACUGGCCUUCAUUUCUAGCAAUAAUAUCCCAUUACAGUUCUGCUGAGGUUGAUUUUGCCCUUCAUCCUUUCAAAGUCGAUAAAAUAAGUACCAGUUGAGCACUGGGGUCAAUGUAAUUGAUUUACCCACCUCUCCCAAACUUGCUGGCCUUGUGCCAAAACCUGAAAUCAAUACCCUACAAUAGUACAGUGACGAGCUGGCAGAAUCAUCCAUUUAUCCAUCUUUAUGGUCUGAGUUCAAAUUCCACCAAGAACGACUUUACUUUUUAUCUUUUCAGUGUUGAUAAAAUAAGUACUAGUUAAGCACUGGGGGAUGAUGUAUUCAACUUACCCCCUAUCCAGAACUUGCUGGCCUUGUGCCAAAAUUUGAAACCAAAUCCCACAAUAGUCUUCCAAUAUAUCAACAAAACAAUAGCAAGAAUUUAUAUAAAACUCUGUAGGUGUGUACCUGUAAAUGUGUAUAUGAAAAUGUCACUUCAUCAGUUACAAAGGUGAGGGUUCCAUUUGAUCUGAUAUGAAUGGAACAGCCUGCUUGUGAUAUUAAGAUUUAAGUGGCUGAGUACUCCACAGACAUUCGUACCCUUAACAUAGUUCUCAUGUGACAUGGUUAGCCCUUUUGAAAAACGGGUACAACUCGUUUUUACCAACUGAACGUACUGAAUCAAUGUGAAAUAAAGUGUCUUGCUCAAGGACACAAUGUACCACCAGGGAAUCGAACUCAUAGCCUUACAGUUGUGAGCCGAAUACCCUAACCACUAAGCCAUGCGCCUUCACAGACGUAUACAUAUUUUUACACACAUUUGGUAAAUGUAGUGUAUAUAGUAAAGCUACUGACAAAUCAAGUGAACAGCUACAACCCAGGUUCAAUUUCAACCUCUAGAUAAUUUAUUUUCUUUGGAAAAGACAUGCAAGCCACACUUUUCUGUCCUCUCCUGCCAACUGAGGUUAGCUUUAUUUAACACACUGUCAUUUCACAUCUGUAUCAUAUAUAUAUAUAUAUAUAUAUAUAUA